UUCCUCUGCUCUUGCGUCAUUACGCUAUGGUUCGAGCGUUCCUGUGAGUUCUCGACCAAUCCGGGAGCAGAAUGAGGGAGCUAACAUAAGUUGUCUGUAGUGUCAUUUCCACUGGCCUUACAAGACCACUCAUUUUGCAGACGAGACUUAGUCAACAUGUUGGGAAACCUCUUGGGGCCACACAAAGCCGAAGGGGCUUCGAGCCCCAUUCUCGGCUGCAGUAUCUUAGCCUGGAUCGCUCCUAUCCAGACCAGCCCUUGCUCUUUCCUUUUCCGUGUUAGGUAGCACUGAGGAACAGGUCACAGACUCAGUAAGAACUUGGUAAGAACAAGCAGCCUGCAGCCAGCUGCCACGCUCGCCAGCCAAAGACCACACACACACAAACACAUUACGGCCCAGGAAGUGCUUGCGCAAGCGCAGAAGCCGAAGCGUGGAUAGGCGGCGCCUCAAACUUGGGAUCCGCCUAGCGGUCACGUGCUUCCUCUCCGGCGGAAGACUGAGCGGCUGCGCUCGAGGGAAUCCCCUACUCGGGGGUCUCCCAGGGGGCGGCCGCUCUAAUGUCGGGCUCGGGGAGACUGGAACUGCGGCCCUGGAUUCGGGAUCUGAUCCUGGGCUCAGAGACACUGUCAAGUCCACGAGUCGGGCAGCUCCUGAAGGUACUCCAGGACUCGGAGAGUCCCGGCCCGUCAUCCGCGCCUGACACACCUAACACCGGGGCCGUGUUGCUCGUGUCAGACGGGACCCACAGCGUCCGCUGCCUGGUGACGCGCAAUGCCAUCGACACGUCCGAGUGGGAAGAGAAAGAGUUCGGAUUCCGUGGGACCGAGGGCCGCCUCCUGCUGCUGCAGGUCUGCGGGGUUCGCAUUCAGGUUGCUCAGGAUCGUGCGCCUGCGGAGUUCUACCUCCAGCUGGACCGCUUUAACCUGCUGCCGUCGGAGCAGCCCCGGGUACAGGUGACUGGUUGCAAUCAGGAUUCAGAUGUGCAGAGAAAGCUCGGUGAAUGCCUUGAGGACCACCUUUCAGAGUGUGCUUCUCCCGGUGCAGGCCUAACGCUGUCUCAGCUUCUGGAUGAGGUGAAGGAGGACCGGGAUCAUCGGGGGGCACUAGCCCAUCUAGCUGAGAGCUGCCUGCUGCUGUCAGGCCCUUACACAGCCACCCCCCUCACCCGCUGGACGGCCUCUUGUUUCCAGGCCACGGAAGAAACUGUGUUCACUGUCUCUAGCCUAUUGCUGCACAUCUCUGAGAAUGACGAGCAGAUUCUGAGUUCUGUUGGGUCAAGUCAGAAGGCGCAGGGAAACCUUGCUUCACUCAGGCACGCACCAGUGGAGGAAAGCGAUGCCAGUGUUAGCCUUCUGUCAGCCUUGGCUGCAUCAGACCCUGGACAGAAGGACAGCUUCCAGCCUCUACCAGCUGCUUGUUCAUCCUCCCUGAGACCUCAGGCUCCCAGAUCCCCGCCUCAGAGUUCUACACCCAACUCCCCACUCCUGACCUGUACCCCCAGUAUCUCGCCCCCACCCCGUGCCUCUGGUCCAUACCCAGACCAUAGCCUGGAGGUCAGGCAGCUCCAGUGGCCUAUCAAGAAACGGCAGCUUUUCCCAAGAACCAGAGCCAAGGGAGCCCAAGAACCUGACUGUGUCUGGCCCCCUUUUCAGAAACCCCCAAAGAGGCAUCAUGAUGCUUCCGCUUUCCAGUAUAAAUAUGAGACACCCUCUGCCUCGCUCCAUGCCCAGGUCCAAACUGCCAGGCUUCCUCCUCAGCUUGUAGCUUGGGCCUUGAGCUUGGUGAUGGAGUCAGAGUCUGAGUUAACACAGCCAUGAGGAGUCACCUGGACAUAUCAGAGGAUUCGUACACACAGGUCUACGGACAAACAGUAUUCCAUACCCUGUUUCAUUCAAGUUUUUUAAUAAAAUAAUUUCAUGCGGCA